CUGUCUAAUACUGUAGUCCACCUACAGGACUGUCUUAAUACUGUAGUCCACCUACAGGACUGUCUUAAUACUGUAGUCCACCUACAGGACUGUCUUAAUACUGUAGUCCACCUACAGGACUGUCUUAAUACUGUAGUCCACCUACAGGACUGUCUUAAUACUGUAGUCCAUCUACAGGACUGUCUUAAUACUGUAGUCCACCCGCAGGACUGUCUUAAUACUGUAGUCCACCCGCAGGACCGUCUUAAUACUGUAGUCCACCUACAGGACUGUCUUAGUACUGUAGUCCAUCUACAGGACUGUCUUAAUACUGUAGUCCACCACAGGACUGUCUUAAUACUGUAGUCCACCUACAGGACUGUCUUAAUACUGUAGUCCACCUACAGGACUGUCUUAAUACUGUAGUCCACCUACAGGACUGUCUUAAUACUGUAGUCCACCUACAGGACUGUCUUAAUACUGUAGUCCAUCUACAGGACUGUCUUAAUACUGUAGUCCACCCGCAGGACUGUCUUAAUACUGUAGUCCACCUACAGGACUGUCUUAAUACUGUAGUCCACCUACAGGACUGUCUUAAUACUGUAGUCCACCUACAGGACUGUCUUAAUACUGUAGUCCACCUACAGGACUGUCUUAAUACUGUAGUCCACCUACAGGACUGUCUUAAUACUGUAGUCCACCUCGGGACGUCUUAAUACUGUAGUCCACCACGACUGUCACAUCUAAUACUGUAGUCCACCACGCAGGAGCCUGUCAUUAAUACUGUAGUCCACCUACAGGACUGUCUUAAUACUGUAGUCCACCCUACGGCUGCUUAAUACUGUAGUCCACCCCAGGACCGUCUUAAUACUGUAGUCCACCGCAGGACUGUCUAAUACUGUAUUCCAUCCGUAGGACUAUCUUAAUACUGUAGUCCACCUCAGGACCUUCUUAAUACUGUAGUCCAUCCGUAGGACUGUCUUAAUACUGUAGUCCACCUACAGGGACUCUUAAUACGUAGUCCACCCUGGCUAUAAUACUGUAGUCCACCCACAGGACUGUCUUAAUACUGUAGUCCAUCCUAGGACUGUCUUAAUACUGUAGUCCACCUACAGGACUGUCUUAAUACUGUAGUCCACCAUGGACUGUCUUAAUACUGUAGUCCACCCUACAGGACGUCUUAAUACUGUAGUCCACACACGCACUAGAACUGUCUUAAUACUGUAGUCCACCUACAGGACUGUCUUAAUACUGUAGUCCACCUACAGGACUGUCUUAAUACUGUAGUCCACUACAGGACUGUCUUAAUACUGUAGUCCACCUACAGGACUGUCUUAAUACUGUAGUCCACCUCAGGACUGUCUUAGUACUGUAGUCCACCUACAGGACUGUCUUAAUACUGUAGUCCACCUACAGGACUGUCUUAAUACUGUAGUCCACCUACAGGACUGUCUUAGUACUGUAGUCCACCUACAGGACUGUCUUAAUACUGUAGUCCACCUACAGACUGUCUUAAUACUGUAGUCCACCUACAGGACUGUCUUAGUACUGUAGUCCACCACAGGCUGUCUUAAUACUGUAGUCCACCUACAGGACUGUCUUAAUACUGUAGUCCACCUACAGGCCGUCUUAAUACUGUAGUCCACCUACAGGACUGUCUUAAUACUGUAGUCCACCUACAGGACUGUCUUAAUACUGUAGUCCACCACAGGACCGUCUUAAUACUGUAGUCCACCUACGACUGUCUUAAUACUGUAGUCCACCUACAGGACUGUCUUAAUACUGUAGUCCACCACAACUGUCUUAAUACUGUAGUCCACCUACAGGCUGUCUUAAUACUUAGUCCACCACACGUCUUAAUACUGUAUCCACCAAGACUGUCUUAAUACUGUAGUCCACCUACAGGACUGUCUUAAUACUGUAGUCCACCACACUGUCUUAAUACUGUAGUCCACCACACGUCUUAAUACUGUAGUCCAUCUACAGGACUGUCUUAAUACUGUAGUCCACCUACAGGACUGUCUUAAUACUGUAGUCCACCAACACUGUCUUAAUACUGUAGUCCACCUGCAGGACUGUCUUAAUACUGUAGUCCACCUACAGGACCGUCUUAAUACUGUAGUCCACCUACAGGACUGUCUUAAUACUGUAGUCCACCUACAGGACUGUCUUAAUACUGUAGUCCACCUACAGGACCGUCUUAAUACUCUAGUCCACCUACAGGACUGUCUUAAUACUGUAGUCCACCUACAGGACUGUCUUAAUACUGUAGUCCACCUACAGGGCUGUCUUAAAACUGUAGUCCACCCGCUGGACCAUCUUAAUACUGUAGUCCACCCGCAGGACCGUCAUAAUACUGUAUUCCAUCCGUAGGACUAUCUUAAUACUGUAGUCCACCCGCUGGACCAUCUUAAUACUGUAGUCCACCCGCAGGACCGUCAUAAUACUGUUGUCCACCCGCAGGACCGUCAUAAUACUGUAUUCCAUCCGUAGGACUAUCUUAAUACUGUAGUCCACCUACAGGACUAUCUUAAUACUGUAGUCCAUCCAUAGGACUGUCUUAAUACUGUAGUCCACCUACAGGGCUGUCUUAAAACUGUAGUCCACCCAUAGGACUGUCUUAAUACUGUAGUCCACCUACAGGACUGUCUUAAUACUGUAGUCCACCUACAGGACUGUCUUAAUACUGUAGUCCACCAACACUGUCUUAAUACUGUAGUCCACCCACAGGACCGUCUUAAUGCUGUAGUCCACCCGCAGGACUGUCUUAAUACUGUAGUCCACCUACAGGACUGUCUUAAUACUGUAGUCCACCAACACUGUCUUAAUACUGUAGUCCAUCUACAGGACUGUCUUAGUACUGUAGUCCACCUACAGGACUGUCUUAAUACUGUAGUCCACCUACAGGACUGUCUUAGUACUGUAGUCCACCUACAGGACUGUCUUAGUACUGUAGUCCACCUACAGGACUGUCUUAAUACUGUAGUCCACCUACAGGACUGUCUUAAUACUGUAGUCCACCUACAGGACCGUCUUAAUACUGUAGUCCACCAACACUGUCUUAAUACUGUAGUCCACCUACAGGACUGUCUUAGUACUGUAGUCCACCCGCAGGGCCGUCUUAAUACUGUAGUCCGCCUACAGGACUGUCUUAAUACUGUAGUCCACCUACAGGACUGUCUUAAUACUGUAGUCCACCUACAGGACUGUCUUAAUACUGUAGUCCACCUACAGGACUGUCUUAAUACUGUAGUCCACCUACAGGACCGUCUUAAUACUGUAGUCCACCAACACUGUCUUAAUACUGUAGUCCACCUACAGGACUGUCUUAAUACUGUAGUCCACCAACACUGUCUUAAUACUGUAGUCCACCCGCAGGACCGUCUUAAUACUGUAGUCCAUCUACAGGACUGUCUUAAUACUGUAGUCCACCUACAGGGCUGUCUUAAUACUGUAGUCCACCUACAGGACUGUCUUAAUACUGUAGUCCACCUACAGGACCGUCUUAAUACUGUAGUCCAUCUACAGGACUGUCUUAAUACUGUAGUCCACCUACAGGACUGUCUUAAUACUGUAGUCCACCAACACUGUCUUAAUACUGUAGUCCACCUACAGGACUGUCUUAGUACUGUAGUCCACCUACAGGACCGUCUUAAUACUGUAGUCCACCUACAGGACUGUCUUAAUACUGUAGUCCACCUACAGGACUGUCUUAAUACUGUAGUCCAUCUACAGGACUGUCUUAAUACUGUAGUCCACCUACAGGACCGUCUUAAUACUGUAGUCCAUCUACAGGACUGUCUUAAUACUGUAGUCCACCUACAGGACCGUCUUAAUGCUGUAGUCCACCUACAGGACUGUCUUAAUACUGUAGUCCACCAACACUGUCUUAAUACUGUAGUCCAUCUACAGGACUGUCGUAAUACUGUAGUCCACCUACAGGACUGUCUUAAUACUGUAGUCCACCUACAGGACUGUCUUAAUACUGUAGUCCACCAACACUGUCUUAAUACUGUAGUCCACCCGCAGGACCGUCUUAAUACUGUAGUCCAUCUACAGGACUGUCUUAAUACUGUAGUCCAUCUACAGGACUGUCUUAAUACUGUAGUCCACCUACAGGACUGUCUUAAUACUGUAGUCCACCUACAGGACUGUCUUAGUACUGUAGUCCACCUACAGGACCGUCUUAAUACUGUAGUCCACCUACAGGACUGUCUUAAUACUGUAGUCCACCUACAGGACUGUCUUAAUACUGUAGUCCACCUACAGGACUGUCUUAAUGCUGUAGUCCACCUACAGGACUGUCUUAAUACUGUAGUCCACCCACAGGACUGUCUUAAUACUGUAGUCCACCAACACUGUCUUAAUACUGUAGUCCACCUACAGGACUGUCUUAAUACUGUAGUCCACCUACAGGACUGUCUUAAUACUGUAGUCCACCUACAGGACUGUCUUAAUACUGUAGUCCACCCGCAGGGCUGUCUUAAU